AUGAGAACGGUGUUUACUCGAUUUUUAACUUUUAUCGUGGUACAGGGUGCAUUUCAAGAACUCAAAUUGUACGGGUCACCAACGCAAGCUGAAGUGCAGUGUGUCAAUACGUUUGAGGAUCCCAUCGACGCUGAAGAGAUAUUCAUUGACAACAAUGACAACUUGGUCGAUCAAGAGGAAGGUGACGGCGAGGGUUCAGGACGAUAUGGCACUAUACCGCCAUUCCCACCACCGCCACCUGGACUAGAUGGUGCAGGAUAUAUGAUGCGGCUGAAAGGUGAAAAGGGAGAACGUGGACCAAGGGGUAUUCCAGGAGAGGCUAUAAGAGGUCCGCCAGGUCCUCCAGGUCCGCCGGGACCUCCAGGUGCAACAGGAACUCCAGGGGUUAUUGCGGAAAUAUCAGGCUCAGGUGAUGAUCAGCAAAUAUUUGGAGAGAACUACGCAUCGCUCGGUCAAUGUGGUUGCAACUCCAGCACUAUUCUAGCCCUGCUACACACAGCUCCAGAGUUAAAGGGACCUCCUGGACCUCCAGGCAUCACUGGUGCAGAUGGAAGGACAGGCGCUCCUGGUUUACCUGGCCAACCAGGUACACCGGGGGAACGAGGACCACUCGGUCCGAGAGGUGAGAAAGGAGAUCGAGGUGAUUCUGGACCUAGAGGACCUGAAGGUUCAACAGGUCCAAAGGGAGAAGCUGGAGUAGAUGGUAGGGCUGGCAACCCUGGUCCACCAGGCCCACCGGGACCGCCAGGAACAUCCGAUUAUACUAAUUUUGAUGAAUCACUCCUUGGUUCUUAUGGCGGUGCUAUUGGUCGGCCUGGUGCACCUGGACCUAAAGGAGACGCAGGUCAACCUGGACCAGUUGGGCCUCAUGGCGAAAGAGGUUUUCCUGGACAAAAGGGAGAACGAGGACAAGCAGGUGCAGGUGGCGUUAAAGGAGAUAGAGGAUAUCCUGGACCUCAAGGAGAACGAGGCUAUAAAGGAGACCGAGGCAGUCCAGGAUUGGAUGGAAGACCUGGCAUUCCUGGAGCUAGUGGCAGACCUGCCGACAAAGGAGAAAAAGGUGAACGUGGUGAACCGGGGCCACCAGGUCCGGCCUCAUCUGGUGUCUACAAUGCCGACGAUAAGUUUCUUGCCGCAGGACAAAGGCUGGCUGCGUUGGGCACAAAAGGAGACAAAGGCGAAAAGGGCGAAAAAGGUGGUCGCGGCAGCGAAGGGCCUCCUGGUUUUCCGGGUAAAGAUGGUAAAAGCGGUGAUCGUGGUGAUAUAGGACCUUCUGGAAUGCCAGGGAUUUCGGGCCCCCCUGGACCUCCCGGUUUGAAAGGAGAAAGAGGCCCUCCUGGUCCUAUCAGUGUUACACUACCUGGAUCCGAUAUUGUCACAAUUAAGGGUGAUAAAGGUGAUGCAGGGCCUCGUGGUAGAAGAGGAAGACCAGGUCCAGCUGGACCUAAAGGGUCGGCGGGUCUCCAAGGUCCUGCUGGACCACCAGGCAGGCCUGGGGAUAAAGGAGACAUAGGCUUACCAGGAUGGAUUGGACGCCCAGGCACUUUGGGACCCCCAGGUCCACAGGGACUUCCAGGACCUAAAGGGGAGAAAGGAGAUCCAGGAGUAAACAUCUUAGACGUCUCAAUGGUAAGCUUAUUGUCUAUUGCCCAUUAA